GGCAUCGACUUCAAUACGCGUUCUAUCACUUCCGUUUACUCACAAACUCUCUUGCCAGUGUGAUGGGAGUUCUUGACCGCGUGACUUGUAAUCGUAGCCACUCAGGAUUUUGUGCUCUUCAAUGACUGGUGCAAUUGUUUUCAUCUGAGAGAAUGGGAAAUGAUAAACUGGAAGAGAAUGAUAGCGAAUAAUAAUUGAUUCAGUUUUUGGAGGGAUUGACCUUCGGCGAUUGUUGAGGUGUUUUCGAUUAUUCGAUUUUGAAAGACAAGUUUGUGGAUAAAUACACAGAUUACAUGGCUAUCUGUAUAGCUUCUAGAUUAAAAAUUUAUCAGUCCUCGAGACACAGCAAUAAGAUCAUGCAAAAGCAAUUUUGGCAGUUAUUUAUUUGAACGGUUUUGAAAUUUGGAGAUGGAACGGAGCAGAGUGCGUUGGGUCGUUAAAAAUUCAGGGGAGGAGGUGAAGACGCAGAGUUAUGAUCGACAAAUUUGGGAGAAUAAAGAUGAGAGAGAGGAUGUGCAGAAGAAGACAUUCGCAAAAUGGAUUAAUUCACAACUCAUCAAGAAUAAUGAUGAGCCAGUGUCAGAUUUAUUCAUCGACCUGCGAGAUGGAAAUCGACUGCUCUCACUCCUGGAGGUUCUCACAUCGAAGACAUACAAGAGAGAACGUGGGCGAAUGCGAGUACAUCAUCUCAACAACGUUAACAAGGCGCUACAAAUUUUAGAGCAGAAUAACGUUAAGCUCGUGAACAUAAGUAGCAACGAUAUUGUCGAUGGCAAUCCCAAAUUGACACUUGGAUUGGUGUGGAGUAUAAUUCUCCACUGGCAGGUACACUAUCACCUGAAGGAUUUAAUGGCAGGACUGCAGCAAACUAAUUUGGAAAAAACUCUGCUCGCCUGGUGUCGUUUGAAUACCAAGAACUAUCCAGGCGUUGACAUAAAAAAUUUUACGACCUCGUGGACAGACGGUUUGGCAUUCUGUGCACUGCUGCAUAAAUGGCAACCACAGCUCUUCGAUUUUGAUAAUAUCGCUCGUAAACAUCCAAAUGCUCGGCUCGACCAUGCAUUUCGUCUUGCACAUGAUCAUCUCAAUAUUCAACGUCUCCUGGAUCCUGAAGACGUCAACACAGCAGUUCCCGACAAGAAAUCCAUCAUGGUGUACGUUAUGUGCCUCUUCCAGCAGCUUUCCCAACCGGAUGAUGACAUCGGUGACAUAGACAUAGCAGUCGCUAGUGACAUGAGUCAAGCAACAACCCCAACAUCUCCAGUCGCUGAAAACAGUGCCCUGUCCAUUGCCAAUCUAGGUGUUCCAGCAUCACGUCCAAUGAGUUUAGCAACGAAUGUAUCUGUGGAGUUGGGGGGAUACCAAGUGGCUUUGGAGGAGGUUCUCACAUGGCUCCUGGAAGCUGAAGACAAGCUCAGUCAUGUCCCAGAGUUGGGACCAACCUUGGAGACUCUGAAGGAGCAGUUUCAUGAGCACGAGUCAUUCCUGCUUGAACUCUCUGGCCAUCAGGAUGGGGUUGGUGCAGUUCUGGAAGAGGGUGCAAGGCUGCUUGCUGAGGGUGGACUUCACAGGGACGAGGAGCAGGAAGUGCGUGUGCAAAUGUCUUUAUUGAACUCCAGGUGGGAGGAGCUGAGGAUGAGAGCAGUGGACAGACAAUCAAAGAUUCACGAGAUGCUUCUCAAUAUGCAGCAGAAGCAACUAGAUGAAUUGAAGCAGUGGUUGACUAAAACUGAGGACAGGAUAUCGCACAUGGCUGCUUGUGAGGUGAGUCAGGCAACUCUGGAGGAGCAAAUGAGACAGCUGAAUGAUCUCCAGAAGGAUGUGAAGAAGCAGCAGUCUGUGGUCGAUGCUGGAAAGAACAUCAUUGUGAUUGUUGACGAGGAGAAUUCAGAGACAGUCUAUGCGCAGAUGGAGGACCAGCUGGCGGCUCUCGACGAGCGUUGGAAUCACAUCUGCCAAUGGACUGAUGAAAGAGCUGAAAAACUCCAGUCUUUUACGACUGUUUGGAAGGAGUUCGUUGAUGAUUACAAGAAGCUGCUGUCUUGGCUCAAUGAGACUGGGAUAACUCUGAGGCAGAUGGAGGCUGUCCCUGCUUCUGAGAUUGGGGAGGUCCUCGAGAGGAUCAAGAAGAUUAGGACUUUGAAGAUGGAGAUGGAUGAUAAUCAGAAGAGACUUAUUGAGUUGCAGAAGGCUGUGCAGGAUAUUGGGGAUAAGGAGAUGACACCUGAGUGCGAAGACCUGUUGGAGAAGAUUGAGAAUCUGCAGGAUCAGUGGGAGGCCAUUGGACAGAUCAUGGAGGUGCAGAGUCAGAGGAUAUCAAGCUCCGGCUUUGAUUUCACCCUCGAAUCCGAAUCCGAAUCCCGAGUACUUAAAAGCAACGACUGGAUGUCUGAAACUGUCACAAGCAUAGCACACCAACAAGAGUUAUCAGAGGCGGCGCACAGUGAUUUGAAAAAACGUCGGCUUGCGGGUGCCCGAUCAAGACAGGAUUUCGAGUCAGCAUUAUUGAACUUGUACAAGUGGUUGGACUACGUCGACCUCGAAAUUGGAAGGUCCGAGGGGGUAUUCGAUGAACUGAGCGUCGAGGAGAAGAAAGUUGUUUACGAAGAAAGUUUGGCAGACGUUGAGGCACACAGGGGCGAAUACGAGAGAGUCCUGGAUAUUGGAGGACAGCUUGUGAAUGAGUUGAAGGAGGCGGGCGAGCAGUUUGGUGAUGAAAUGAAGAAGAUAAAUGACAUUAAAAAUUGCUGGCAGGGUACGAACAACAGACUGGGAGAAAUUAAGGAGAGAAUUGAUUUUUUGAUGAAUGUCAAGCAAUUUCGCUCGGAAUUAUCUAGCCUGAAUUUAAUGCUCGAUGGCUACUCAAAAUGGCUCGAGGGGAACAAGGAGAACACCCAGAUCGAGCCCUUCAGGGUGAAGAUCAAGUCGAUGAACUCGCACGAGGAGAGAGUCAAGAAAUUACUGGAGAGGGCUGAAUCUUUAACGAAAAGUACAGAAGGAGGCGACAGUGGGGCCAUUGAGAACGACACUAGAGAAUUCAGUUCAAAGUGGGAACAAUUGCAUAAUAAACUAUCUACUCGAUUGAACGAACUGAGCAGCGCUCUGGAUAAAACUCCCCCCAAGAAGUACUCAGAAACAAUGGCAUUCCUCCUGUCAUUCAUAAAUAACGUGGAGGGGGUUCUUUUAACCGAGGACACAGUGCUAUCGAACGAGAAGAAUAUGGAGGAGCAGCUGGGGAAACUUCAGGGCCUCCAGAACUCGGUUACAGAGCAUCGUGAUAAAUUCAAUUAUGUCAAUAGCACUGGACAGGAGUUGAUAUCGAAAAUUGGGGGGGAACCGCAGGCCCAGAGGCUCAAGGAUGAACUGCAGGACUUGAAUACCAAGUGGAGUGACAUUCCCAUCAUCUUGGAGGAGCGUCAGCUCAAGCUAUCGAAGGAUAUUGAGUCGCUGAGGGAGUUUAAUGAGGAGUUCUGCAGCCUUGAGGAGUGGCUGGAAAAAUCGGCCAAGUAUUUGAGUGAAAUAUCGCAGGAUCAGUUCAUCAAGGAUGUGGAAACGACAAAGUUCAAACUCGAACAGCUCAAGUCCCUGUCGGAGGACAUCACCAAGACAAAACCGAGGGUUGAGGCACUUCAAACGAUGACGAAUCACUUGCUCGAGAAUUCAGAGCCCAAAUUCGCUAGUAUUCUUAACAGCAGACUCGAAGUUGUUUCGCAAAAGUGGCAUGGCAUUAUCGAUGGAGUUAAGUCCGAGAGGGAUAAGUACGAAGCUGCUUUGAGGAAGAACGAUGAGAUUGUUAAUGGAAUCGAGGACUUCACUAAAUGGUUAUCCGCACUGGAAAAGGAGAUCCCUCAGAGCUGUAAGAUUACGUCCUCGGUUGAGUUGUUUCAGAUACGCGGACGUUAUCAGAAUCUUAAGGAUAAAAUUGACAAACGGGUGGAGGAGUUUCGGAAUUUGAACGAAAUGGGAAAUGACAAGUUGUUGAGCUCGGAGGGCUCCUCGGUACAGGAGUUGGGGAGACGUUUUACAUUCUUGAAUGCACGGUGGACAGAUGUUACUGAUCGUAUUUACGAGAGGUAUAGACAAUUGCAAAAUGCUAGUCACGAGUAUGGGGAAUUUAGGGCACUAGUUGCACAGGAGAGUGACUGGCUGGAUAAAUUGGAAAAGAGAUUGAAGAAAUCGAGCAAAGGGGCUGCUGACGCUGAGGAGAUUUCGGAGGAGCUUGAUGAUUUGGAGAAUUAUAUUCGAAAUCAUUCCGAGUCUCGUCGUGAGAAGAUCCAGGAAAUUGGGAAGCAAUUGGGGGAGAGUGACAUAAUGACCAGUUCGAUUGAAAGUGAUGUUGAGGGCCUAGAGAGACGAUGGACAGAUUUGAGAGAAAAGGCAGGGGAGCGUGCCCAGCUGCUGGAGGGAUCAGUGAGACAGGCGCAACAGUCAGAGGGGAGAAUACUAGCCCUUCAGCAUUCCCUAACGCAAGUAGACUCUGUACUAACAGCACGACUCGACAGUGAUUUGACUGCUGAUGAUUUGCCUCAUGAUUACCAGAAAUUAAUGGAAGAAAUGGACGGCCAGGAGACGACUCUCCACGAGAUGAAAUCACAAAUAGAAAUAUACGAAAAUUCUGGAAAGCACGAGGCUGCGAGUCGCCUCAGAGAACAAAUGACCCUAAUUGAACAAAAGUUUUUGGAAGUUCAGAGGAAGUUUCAACGUUUCCGUUCACCCUCUAAUUUGGAGCCUAGAUUAUCGCGAGCAUUGCGGGAACUUCGGGGUAUCGAGGAGGCCACUUGUUUAUUGGAGCUUGCCUCGGAGGAUCCUGAGGCUAUUGAGGGCCAAUUGAAGCAUUGUCUCAGAUUCUACCAAACCCUGAGUGAAAUCAAGAGUGAAAUUGAGAGUAUAAUAGUGAUCGGCCGAAAACUAGUGGAAGAAAAUUCUGUCUCAGAGCCCGAUAAAUUCUCCAAAAGAAUCGACACCCUGAAAGAACUGUACAACAAACUCGGUCUGAGGAUAACAGAAUCCAAAUCGAUCCUGGAAUCAGCUCUGGAAUUAUCCCGAGACAUGUACAAGCACAUGACGUAUUUGAACAUGGCCAUUGACAGUAUAAACAAGGAGCUUGAUACCCAGAGAAAUAUGCCAGACCUCCCUGUCAACGCGAUAUACGUCACUGAGACACUGACUGAAGUGCUGCCGAGAUUGAACGCGGUUAAAGAGAAACUGUUCAGAAGUCAGGAUGAAUUUUUGAAGCUGUGCGAUCCAUCUUAUCUGGAGCAGCUGAAGGAGAGGCUGACAGAUAUUAUAACGAGGCUGACGAGCACGGAGAAGAGGCUGAGACAGAUAUCCUCGAGUGAGGAUGAGCCAAAUGUCGAUGAAAUUAAUGCCUGGCUGUUACAAAUUGAAGAGAAAAUCAAUAAAUUAUGCGAUGUACCAGCUGAGGACAUUGAUAAGGAGCAUAUUGAGAGAUGCAAGGCAAUUCAAUCAGAUAUGACGGAGGCAACUCCCCGAGUAUCACAACUGCAACGCUACGCUUUUUACCCAAAAGUGUCUGCUGUCUGCAACAAAUGGGACAGGCUCACCCGAAAACUACAGGGUUGGAUGUCCAAGGUGACUGAUAACAUAUCGUUAAAGUGCGAGAGAUACGAAAUUGGUAGGGGGAGAGACAUUGGACAGGAUAGAUUUAAACAAUUCGAUAAAUACUCGAGCAAUGUUAACGGAGAAACGUGUGGAGUAGAGUGCAUUAAUCCAAUUUGCCAUAGUUAUUCACCCGACUCUCAGAGGUACUACGAGAGACGAGUUACAGAAGUUAACAGCAUGAUAGAUCAUAAAUUUGAGAUGAAUGAGGUACCAGAUGUGGUGAAAACAGCGCAAAACGUUGAGUAUCUGGAGGAUGAGGAAGAGUUCUUUCUCUCGAAAAAUAGUAAAUUAUUCUCUCAAGUGUCUGCCAACACACUGACAGCAGUGGAGUCACCUGACAUUCAGUCGAAUCCCCUUCGAGUUGUUGAAGUGAGGGAAAUGGAAAUUAUUAAGGGGAUAGCAGCCCCAGGUGAGCGUGUUGUGCUGCCAAAGGCUAAUGUGCAUUUCGGGCAGAAACCACUUGUUGUGGAGAGGGUGGAAAUACUUGAGGACACUGAGACUGAACCGGAGUCUGUUGACACUGAUCCCGAGGAGAAAGAUGGUAAAGUUCAGGGGAAACGGUAUCAGGGAAUGAAGAAGGAACUUGUGCCCAUAUUGAAGAGGAAAAAUAUUAACAGAUCAUCGCUGAGUCCGAAGAAAUUGACCCUUCGUUUGCACCAGGAGGACAUCUUCACGGAGACCUCGGUGAGUUAUCGAAUGGCCAGGGACAGGGACAAUUACGAAAGAUACACGACUGCCUCGUGGAAGGAUGAGGCGAGUGUUGCUGAGUAUUUAAUAUUGGAUGAGGAUGAAGGAGGCUCGUCGUCAGCUAAGGAGGCAGAGAGGGAAAAUAAAAUGUUGGCUGGUUUAAAGGGAAUGCUCUAUAAACAGCGGGAUGAUCUCAAGGCUGAGGGAAUUGGGAGAUUUAAUAGUGAUGAUAAUAGGGGGAAGAAAUGCAUUGCUACGAGGAGAUUAAAGGCUCUUUCUCUGGAUGACACGAAAGAGGAUUGCGAGAGUUUUUAUGGGAGUGAUAAAGAGACUGACGACGCUCUGAUUUUUUCGGAUGAUACUGAGAUCGACGCCAGUGAUGGUAGUAGCUCUGAUGGGGAUACUAGCUCUGUGAGGGGUAAUGAGAACUUCUUGAACAAGUCGACCGUGGAGAAGAUCGAGAGAAUUUCCCAGAAACCGGAUGUGAAGUCUCACGUGGAUGGGAGGGACGUACGCAGCCCCAACUUAUCAAAAAUUGGAUUAGAACGUGAUAUCAUUGAGUUCGAGCAGACUGCACAGCUUAUGUCGAGGAGAAUAGACGUUAUGUUAAUGACUAUUGGUGCUGUCUCCAAUGAGAAAGAUCCGACGAAGCGGCUUGAGGUUUUGAAAAACGAAGUGAGUAGUCUCGCCCCGGACGCGGCCUCCCUAAUAAGCCGCGGUGACGGUCUAGUAAUGACAGUCCACAUGCUCGACCCAGUGCGUGCGGAAAAAAUAAAGAACGACCACCAAGACAAGCUCCGCAGUAAAUGGCACCAAGUAAUGACCGAAGUAGACGCACGUCGUGUCCAAGCCCAAAAGGCCGAACAAUUGCUGAAACAAUACAACAAACUAAUCGCUGACUUUGAAAAAUGGUUCCGCGAGGUGCCUGCCAAGCUGGAACAAGCCAACAAUUACGAGAGGCAAUUGGAGAGCUUCACCGAGGAGUUCGACGUUAAGCAAGAGGAGAUAGAAAAGUUGAACAAUUUGUGCAACGAGUUGAAGAAACUCAACGUCGGAUACCCAGAGGCCAUUCGUUACAGUAUAAACACAAGGUGGCACGAGAUAAGCUCUCAAUUUAAGAGAUACAGUGGCAGCAAGGACAAGGAAAAAGUCGCCGACAAAAAGAUGGAAUUGCAGGAGGUCGGCAGUGUCUCGGCACUUGACUAUGCUACGAGAUCCAAUAAACUGAGGGAAGCUAUAUCCACAAUAUCGCGUUCAUUAAACUCAACGCCAUUAAACGGAAAAGAUUACGAGUUAUUCCUGAGCCAGGAGGAGUGUUUGCGAAAAAUGAGCAAUGCAUUGAGCAUACUAAAACCGAGUGUCGAGGAGAUGGGCUAUCUCUCGGAGAGUGCAGCGAUGACUAUGAAAAAAGAGCAGUGCGAUCAGGUCAAGCGUUUGGCGGAAAAAUUGAGGGAUGAAUGGCUGACAGUCAAUCGUAAUUACACUGAGAGGUACAAUCGGUGGGUCAAGUGCUCUCAGAAGUGGAAGGAGGUUGAUCACUCGUGCUGGAUGUUCACCGAGUACAUGGAGAAGUCAGCAAAGUUGCUGAAAAAAGUAUCGCCGAAAAUGUCCAGAGGAAUGCUUCUGGAGAUGGAGCAUGAGGUCCAACAAAUGCAGAGAAUGCUCGCCUCCGUCGGCACAUUGCAUGCUGAUAUUUUGUCUCGUUCAUCACCGGAGGAUAUCACUGAAUUACAAACUAUUGUUGAUCAUGCAAAACAACGGUGGCAGCAGUUAUUGGCAGAGUUCAACGCCCUCAAAGAGAAGUCAACCGCAAUGGAGAAAAAGAUAAAUAACAAGGACGUAAUUUUGCAAUCAGCCAGGAAUAGUAUUGAACAUGUCAAUGCACUCUUGGACUCCAACGCCAAUCCGUCGGACGAUACGUCCCUAUCGAUCAGAUUAUCCAUGAUCAGAGCGAGGGAGGACGAACUCAGUGCUCAGAGGAAUGAGCUGGAGAGCUUGAAGAGUCAUUCACGUAAUUCGGAUGAUGAACAGCAGUUGCAGGGGGUUUUGAGCGAAAUUGCAACCGGCCAGAGCAGUUUGUCGAGCCAUCGGGAUUACGUUGAGAAUAAAUUAACUUCGAUUAAGAAGUACAUCAAUUGUUUGGAUAAUAUCAUGGGGUGGGUCAUGGAGACCAACACGAGGAUAAAUAUCUCGAGAGAGUUGUCGCAAACUGAGAGGAAUAAAGUGCUUGACAUUAUUAUGGUGGAAGUGAAGGAUCGAGAGAUGGAAGUAAAAGAGGUCCUCGAGAAUUACACGAAUCUGGAGAAGGAGUGUGAAGCUGCUAAGCAACCAGUCUCCGUAGAACUUCAGGAAAAAUUGAAAAAGUUACGUGAAGACUGGCAACACGUAAAGAAUCGAGGUGAGCCUGUGGAAACUGAAGGCUCCAGUGCGAUUCCAGUGAGGGCCAAGGAGACGGAGAGAAAUGUCGGAGCGAGCCCGACGGAUUUACGGGAACAAGUAGUCACUCCCGUCGUCUCGGCAGCCUCGAUCCCACCAGCCAAUACUAGCCAGGAGACAGUGUCGACAUCGGCCUCAACCCUUGUCGCUGGCCUCGACAAAUCAGUUCUUCAGAUCCGCGACUGGCUGACCCUCGAGGAGGAGAUGCUGCGCCAGCAAAGUGUAUCCGUCGGCGAUGUCGACGAGAUUCUCCAGCUCAUCGACAAGCAAAAGAAUGUUCUGCGAGAGCUGGAGCAGAAGAAGCCACAGCUGGAUGAGCUUGUACACACUGCGGAGAAUCUCCGAGCUGAUACCAAUCGCCAACAAUUGCACGGAAAGGUUACAAAGCUGCGCGAGCACUGGGACGAGACAAAUUCAAAAGUUAUGCAGCGAAAGACGCAAUUGGAUGCUAUGCUGGGUGACAGUCAGAGAUACGAGGCAAAACGAAAUGAAGUGGAAGUGUGGAUCGAUCGAAUGGAGCUGAGACUCACGAGAAUGCGAUCUGUGGGGCACACUGCUGAUGUUCUUGAGGCACAGCUCCGAGAGCAGAAGUCCUAUCACGCUGAACUCCAUCAAUACAAGCAUCAAAUCGAGCUGUUCAAUCAAUUAACACAGAAACUAAUAGCCGUGUACCAGCAGGAUGAUACAACACGUGUCAAAAAAAUGACUGAAACAAUCAAUCAACGCUAUAACAAUUUGAACACCAGCAUCAUAAACCGUGGAAAGCUGUUGCACUCAGCGAUGAAUUCACUUCACAAUUUCGAUCGCUCAUUGGACAAGUUUUUAGCCUGGCUGAGUGAAGCUGAAUCCUCGAUGGAGGGACUAGAGGCUGAGGCUGAUAGGCUGGGAAGCCGGAGGGAUCAAGGGGCACUCAGAAGACCGCAGCAUCAACUAAAGGACCUGCAGUCUGAAAUCGAGACACAUAGAGAUGUUUACACUUCACUAAAUGGAACAGGACGUAAACUCCUGGGUUCAUUAGCUAGUCAGGAUGACGCUGUUAUGCUGCAACGUAGACUGGAUGAAAUGAAUCAGAGGUGGCAUCAUUUGAAGGCGAAAAGCAUGGCAAUUAGGAACAGACUCGAGAGUAAUGCGGAACAUUGGAAUGCCCUACUGCUGUCUCUGCGUGAGCUCAUAGAGUGGGUCAUAAGGAAGGACACUGAGCUCACCGGACUGGGACCUGUCUGCGGUGAUAUUGCAACACUCCAGAAACAACAGGAUGAUUACCGAGGCUUCCGGAGACAGCUGGAAGACAAACGACCCGUCAUUGAGCACAACUUACACAGCGGGCGACAACACGUUGCCAAUGAACCACCACUCUCAGACACAUCUGAUUCCGAAGGUCGAGAACUUGACGGCGACUCAAGGGGUUACAGAAGUGCCGAGGAGCAGGCCCACGAAUUAACCCGAAGUAUUCGACGUGAGGUGAACAAACUCUCCGAACAGUGGAACUCCCUGAUCGAACGUAGUGAUGCAUGGAAACGAAAACUCGACGAUACGACGGCAAAAAUGUGCGUUUUUCAAAAGGCACUGGAGGACCUCUCAUCGAGAAUGGCCGGGGCCGAGGCAAUUCAGAGUGGCUGGCAGAGUCCCGCUGAUGCAUCAGAGGCGGGAGAAAUGUUGGAGCAGUUGCAAAAGUUUGGCGACAGAUUGGGACCCAUUCAGAGAAACAUCGAGGAAGCCAAUGACCAAGCUAGUUUGUUUGCUUCGAGUAGUGUCAUAGUAUCUCAUGCGCUAUUAGCUAAACUCGAGGAUCUCAAUACAAGAUGGAAAGUUUUGCAGUUAGCAGUGGACGAUAGAUACAAAUUACUAAGUGGAUACGGUAAAGAUGGUAGCACUCCAGGUAGUCAGGCUUUCCUCGCUGGUAGCGUCGAGCCACCAUGGGAGAGAGCCCUCACGCCAGCCAAAGUGCCUUACUACAUAAAUCACCAAUUGGAGACAACCCACUGGGAUCACCCGAAGAUGAUCGACCUGAUGGCCUCCCUGGCAGACCUGAACGAGGUGCGUUUUUCCGCCUACAGAACAGCUAUGAAGCUGCGAACAGUCCAGAAGAGGCUGUGCCUGGACAUGCUGAGUCUCUCAACAGCCCUCGAGCACUUUGACUCGCACGGUUUGCGCGCCCAGAACGACAAGCUCAUCGAUAUACCCGACAUGAUAACAGUGCUGACUUCCUUAUACGAAGUCAUAGCUGCCGACAAUCCAACGCAGGUGUCCGUUCCCCUGUGCAUCGAUCUCGCCAUAAACUGGCUUCUCAACGUUUACGACAGCCAGAGAACCGGCCAGAUCCGCGUUCUCUCCUUCAAAGUUGGUUUGGUGUUGUUGUGCAAGGGUCACCUCGAGGAGAAGUACAGAUACCUGUUCCGGCUGAUAGCCGACCCCAACAGGCUUGUCGACCAGCGUAAACUGGGUCUCCUCCUCCACGACUGCAUCCAGGUACCCAGGCAACUGGGUGAAGUAGCUGCCUUCGGGGGCUCCAACAUCGAGCCGAGUGUUCGCUCUUGCUUCGAGAAAGCUGGCAAGGACAAGAACGAGAUAGAAGCUGUUCAUUUUCUCAGCUGGCUGCAGCAGGAGCCCCAGAGCAUGGUCUGGCUGCCAGUGCUGCACAGACUGGCAGCAGCGGAGAGUGCCAAACACCAGGCAAAAUGCAAUAUCUGCAAGGAGUACCCGAUCGUUGGCUUCAGGUACAGGUGCCUCAAGUGCUUCAACUUCGACAUGUGUCAGAGCUGCUUCUUCUCGGGGAGAAAAGCCAAGAAUCACAAGUUGACGCAUCCUAUGCAGGAGUACUGCACAGCGACGACUUCUGGGGAAGAUGUGAGGGACUUCACGAGAGCGUUGAGGAAUAAAUUCAAGUCGAAGAGGUAUUUCAAGAAGCAUCCGAGGGUUGGGUAUCUCCCGGUGCAGACUGUGCUCGAGGGAGACGCUCUCGAGAGUCCAGCACCGUCGCCUCAGCACAGCACUUUGAGCCAGGACAUGCAUUCCAGGCUGGAGAUGUAUGCCUCGAGACUCGCUGAGGUUGAGCUCUCCAGGACUAGGAGCAAUUCAACGCCUGACAGCGAUGAUGAGCAUCAGCUUAUUGCGCAUUAUUGUCAUAGCUUGAAUGGCAGUGACAACAUCAAUGCACCCAGGAGUCCGGUGCAGGUGAUGGCUGCCAUCGAUGCCGAGCAGAGGGAGGAACUCGAGGCCAUGAUCAGGGAACUGGAGGAGGAGAAUGCCACACUCCAAGCUGAGUAUGAGAGACUCAGAUCGAAACAGACGCCUGGGUCGACGCCUGAGGAUGGACAUGGCAGACAGCCGGACUGUGAUAUGAUUGCUGAGGCCAAGUUACUUAGGCAGCACAAGGGGAGGCUCGAGGCACGCAUGCAGAUUCUUGAGGAUCAUAAUCGGCAAUUAGAGGCACAGCUGCAACGGCUCAGGCAACUCCUUGAAGAGCCGAACGCAUCCUCUCCAUCUAAAACUGGUACCCUCCAGACAAGAAGUGUCACAGCCUCGCAAUUAGCGACCGACUCACCGGCCAAAGUCAAUGGACACUAUCACGACACGUCAGGUGGAGGAGGCGCGGGUGAGGGACGCGUUAGCAGUUUAGAAAGACCACCGCCACCACCGCAUUCCCACAACGUUGCCCAUAAUGUGGGUAAUCUUUUGCAUAUGGCAGGGGACUUGGGCAAAGUCGUUGGUGAACUAGUGACAGUGAUGACGGAGGACACCCCAAGGACCAACGGUCAGCGCGCCCCUCCAGCUUUCAAAUGAAUAAAAUUAAACACAUCAAUACGAAACGCAUAUCUUUGAACUCAACAUACCACAGGUUGUUCCAAAAAACACGAUAAAAAGAAUAUAAAACGAUACUGUUUAAUGCUUAAGUUGUAAUGAGACCUGUUAACCAAAUAAUUCAUCCAGAUAACUCAGUCGAAUAGUCAGCGAGAGAGGGAGAGAGAGUGGAAAUCGAAGUGAAAACAUUUAAGGAGUUUAGAUAAAACUUAGUGUUACUGAUAAAAUGACCAAGAAUGAUAAUCUGACUGAAACGCAUAUCAGAGACACGAAAUCUUGAAAACGAAAAAUAUAAUGAACUUCUCAGAGUAAUGCAGGGUCAGGGAAUCCCACCCAACUUUUACAAUGGUAAUUUUUUGAAUAUUUUAUAAGUUUUUGAUAUUUGGCCAUUGUAUAGCUGACACGAUAACUAAUUAAUUGGCAAUUAAGAUUCCCUGCAUCAGUAAAACACGAAAAAAAGCAAUUCGAGAGAUGAUGGACAAGAGAUGUUUUAAUGAUACGUAUUGACUCGUCAUAUCACGAAAAAAAAUUAAUGAUUUAAUGAUGGAAAAAUCAUAAUUGUUAUGCUUGCUAGAUAAACUAUACUAAAAUGUAACGGUUACAAAUAUUAUAAAUGAAAAGAAGUGAAACAAAUACUAACAGUGCAUGCAAGAAAAGCAAUGUAUCAAAUUACGUAUUCGAUAUAGAUGGUAAGAAUGCGUUGCGUUUUAAUACCCAUUCUGUUCACUGCCACUGGCGCUUCCUCGACGUAAAAAAGUUGAUGAGUAUUAUCCCUCAUAAAUCAUAACCGAGCAGAGACAUGAAAAUUUUGUAGUCAUAAAAAUCUUUAUUAAAUAGCUGAAACACCGUGGGAGGCACUGUUUUUGUUCAAGAUAAAUCAAUGGAAACAUUGCAUUUUGUAAUAUGUGACACCGACAUGAUCAAUUGUUUAUUGAAUUCCAUUAAUUUAGUUAUUAUAUUUUACGAGAAACUAAUGCAAUCUCUACGUCGAGGAUACAUAAGGCUUUUUUCUAAUGAACAUAAAGGACAUGAGAAAAUAUACGAGCCAGUCGUUUCUACAUAUCACGACUAUUAACGAGGGACAAAUGAAAUAUCAAUUCGAUCAAGUAAUGACGUAAUUUAUUAAUUACUAGGGUGUAGAGAUGAAGCUAGUUGAUACGAUUUUCAUUUCAUAUUUUUGUUUUUUUUAAGGACGAACAUCAAUUAUUGUAGGUGAUUCAUUUAGAAUUUUUUUAAUCGUUUUUAAUUCUACCAAAUGUUAUGUAUAUUUAAAGAUAUAUUGAUACCUACUUAAUUUACAUAAUGUAGACUGUAUCCUCAUAUCAUGUAAUAAAGUUGUCUAGAAAUUCUGUCAUGAUUAAAAUUGACAUGACCAAAAAGAA